GAUGUCAUUGGAUCUCGUAAAGGAGAAAGCUUGAAAUCAGAGAAGUCCAACACUUCCAGAAAACCACAAAGCUCAUGGGUAGGAUUCCACCUGUUUCCAUGUCUUCACAACAACCUGGAGCUGCAGACGACGAGCCUGAGUGACCUCAGAGAGUCAGCCUUCUCCGUGUCGUUAGCAGGGAAAUAGCGGGAAGUGAAGGAAUGUAAAAUUAUCCAGGAGUCUUUCGGCCGCGAUGGCCCAUGUUCACAGCCAGAGUUGGAGGUCCUGCUUCUGCGCUGAGUGGUCUGAGGGCUAGCCUCUUCGACACUGCCUUAGGGAACCCCGCUCAGGGCGUCUGAGGCCACCUAGGGUCCCCGCGCUCCCGGCCAAACUCUGCACCUUGCGCUCUCCCGCCCUGCUGCGAGACACACCGCCCACGGCCCCUGCGACCGGCCGCAGGGCCUGCUCGUCUUCGGCUUCGCAGCCAAUCCUCAUCGCGCUUCAGGCUACGCCCUCCGUUCUUCUCGCACCAGCCGCGCCAGCCACUUCGGACCCCCGCCCUUGCCCCCCAGGGAUUGGUCAUGAGGGCUGCUCGUCUUCUGCCAGAGGUCCAAUCCUCGCCUACCUCCCGGCCCUCGCCUCCCCGCACCUCGCACCCUGCGGGACCACCUCUGGGACCAAAAACCUCACCCAAGAGCCCGCCUCUACCAAUCAGUGAUUGGCUUUAGGGGCUGCCCGUCUGUUACAUGCCAACCAAUCCCUGUCUUUCCCAACGCCGAUUGGCCAGCGUUCAGCCAAUCGGAGUUUGGCGUGAACCCCUCCCGCGGCGCGCGCUGGGGGAGCGCGAGGCGGGGCGGUGGUGGCCGGAGGCGGUGGCGGCGGCGGUGGUGAAGGCAACGCGUCCCAGCCGGACCGAGUCUCCUGCCGCCCAGAGCUGGCCUGGAAUGGGUAAUGGUGUGAAGGAGAGUACGGCGCGUGUGCGUGAGGAUGCCGAGCCCAUCCUGCCCUCACCCGUCAAUUCCAAGAGGGAUCACAGGCAAGUUCUCAGCUCCCUCCUGUCUGGGGCCCUGGCUGGUGCUCUUGCCAAAACGGCGGUAGCUCCCCUGGACCGAACCAAAAUCAUCUUCCAAGUGUCUUCAAAAAGAUUUUCUGCCAAGGAGGCCUUCCGGCUCCUGUAUUUCACCUACCUCAACGAGGGCUUCUUCAGCCUGUGGCGCGGGAACUCGGCCACCAUGGUGCGCGUGGUGCCCUACGCCGCCAUCCAGUUCAGCGCCCACGAGGAGUACAAGCGCAUCCUGGGCCGCUACUAUGGCUUCCACGGAGAAGCCCUGCCCCCUUGGCCCCGCCUCCUUGCGGGCGCACUGGCUGGAACGACAGCUGCUUCACUGACCUACCCCCUGGACCUGGUCAGAGCCAGGAUGGCCGUGACCCCAAAGGAAAUGUACAGCAACAUCUUUCACGUCUUCAUCCGCAUCUCCCGGGAAGAGGGCCUGAAGACCCUCUACCACGGAUUCACGCCCACCGUGCUGGGGGUCAUUCCGUACGCGGGGCUGAGCUUCUUCACCUACGAGACACUCAAGAGCCUGCACAGAGAGUACAGCGGCCGCCCGCAGCCCUACCCCUUCGAGCGCAUGAUAUUCGGGGCCUGUGCCGGCCUCAUCGGGCAGUCGGCCUCGUACCCGCUGGACGUGGUGCGGCGACGCAUGCAGACGGCCGGGGUCACGGGUCACCCGCACGCCUCCAUCCUGCACACGCUGCGCGCCAUCGUGCGGGAGGAGGGCGCCGUGCGCGGCCUCUACAAGGGCCUGAGCAUGAACUGGCUCAAGGGCCCCAUCGCAGUGGGCAUCAGCUUCACCACCUUCGACCUCAUGCAGAUUCUGCUGCGGCACCUGCAGAGCUAGGGACCCCGGGCCGGCUGCCCUCGGGCCAGGGGCCGAGCUGACCACUGACCCCUUUUGUUUCUGAGCCUGUGGAGUGAGGGUGCGCUCCGUUCCCCCCGGGCACGGCGUCGUCGGAGCACCUUGUAGAACAAGCUGGCAGGCCUGGCCUUGGUCCCGAAGCCAGCGCCAGCGGCCUUUGAAGUGCAAUGCUGGGCCUGGUGGGCGGGGGCUCUGGCGCUCUCCCCAGCCCUCCUCCCCGGGGCUGGCCCUGCCUCCUGGAGGGGUUGCCCUAAAUGCCCUGAGCUGGGAGUGACCAGCGCCACCUCCUGGCGCCCUGUGACCUUGGAUGUGCUCCGGGUUCUGGUGAGCCCAUGCCCCCUGGCCCCGGAGCCAGACUCCGCCUGCCGCUGUGCUCACGGAGGGGAGGGAGCCCCAGAGUGUACAGAGAGGCCCGGCCUCCGAGCCCCAGUGAAGUGGGGCCAGCCUUCCGCUCAGCUGGGGCUAGAAAAACAGCCUCUUGCCCGCCACCCCCCCUCCACGUGUCCUGCCUUUGCCAUUACUUCCCAGGUGACAUGACUGUCACCAAAGCCUCCUCGGGAACAGCCUUCUCCCAAGAGCAUUAUUUGGAUCCUGGACUCCAUGGCCAACGUGGGGCCCCAGGAGUGGGUCUCCCCCUCUGUUGCCCACCCACCUGGCCUGUAAUGUUCCCAGGAGGGUCGCACCUCCCCCGGGCAGUAGGGUUUGAGGAAUCGCCCGGGUUUGGGUCCGAGUCCUAACCUGCAGGCAUCUGCUGAGAACUGGGGACCCAGGUCACCUCCUCUGGGCCAGGAAGCUCCCACCGCUGUCCCACAGGCCACACCGACAGAGGCCAGGCCUCAGGCCCUAACCCUCGGCCCCUAGGCACAGCAGCUCCAGGGGGGCCUGUGGCAUCUGUCUCCCUGGCGCCCCACCUGAGUGGGCCCUCGGCCAGGAUGCAGGGCUGUGUAAGGCACACAGGGUGGUCUGAUUUCCGUGAACAGAGUGCUGGAGGUGACUGGCGGCUUUGAUCCUCCCGAAGUGGGAGCCCCUGAGAUGGUGUAUGGCCUGGGGGUGGAAAGUCGGGGUACCCCAGGACACCCCCAGGGAGCCGGUCUCAUGGAGAAGUCCCCUGGGGUCUGCCAGGUGUUACAGGAAUGCAGAAACACCCAUUUCUGAAUGACAUGUAGAGUUUCUUGAUUUCUUUUGGUUUUGCUUUUCAAUCUGGCUGCCCCCAGGUCAAGUCACAGUAAACCCUGAAGGGCCCGCUCUGGCUCCAGGCGGAGAGUGACCAGAGGGUGACGAGAUCGCUCCCCAGCUGCCAUGUGUGAAAGGGUCUGAGAGGGCCUCUUUGCCCCACGCACAUUUCCAGUCGUGACUUUCAUUUCUCCCUUGUGUUCUGUCCCAUUUCUGUUCUUGCCUUGGACCUGCAGGUGUGAAGACCCCUCUCUCUGUCCUUCCUUGCAAGUGUCCACCGGCCAGCCUGAGUCUCGUCCCCAGGGUCCCAUGUCUGUUCUGUUGGAUGGGCUUCCCACCUCCUCUCCCGGCUUUGCCCAGUGCCCAGGAGAGGCCGGAGAGGCAGGGACCCCUCACAGGGAGAUGGGGUGGGGAGCCACCCCAGGCAGGUGAGACCAAAUGAAUGGUUGGGUGGCACCCUUCUCUGAGCUGCAGGCUGGGCCGCAGAGGAGAGGGCCCCCAGGUCCUGCUGGCCCCAGUGUGCCUCCCGGAGGUGGCUCUCAGCUGAGUGGGCCUCGGUGCAACCGCCCCCCACCCAGCUCCGCACACAGCUGGGCGGUGCCCUUCGUGGCCACGCCCCUCCCACCGGUGGCCAUCCGAAUCUCGAGUUACAUUUUGAUGCCAUGAAGACACUUUGUUUAUAUAUAAUGUUUAUAUAUUUUAAAGAUUUGUGCCAAGAGAGUAUAUUUAAUAAAAAUUAAAAUGACUUUUUUUUUUC